CUCCAGACACAAUUCACUGAUCUACUGCUGACAAUAGCAGACAACAUGCACCUUGACACAGCUGGAAGCUGCCAAUUGUCAACUGGUUGACAUCAGAAACUGCAUGUGCGCCAACAACACGAUGCAAGCCGACCUUGCUAUUUGCGUUCAGAGCAAUUGUAAUGCAACGGAACAAAUACUUGCUGCAACAGUUGCUCAAGACGACAUCUGCGAGGGCAUCCCAACUCCAUCCAGGAGUAGGGCAAUAAUACAAUGCGUGAUCGUCAUAUCCGCCAUUACCUUCCCGAUCAUUGCUCUCAGAUGUCUGUCACGGUACCUCAUAUCACGACAUCUCUGGUGGGAUGAUUGGAUGAUCCUGCUCUGUGCUGUCUUACUAGUCCCGAUGGCUGUCAUCCCAAUAUUAAAUGCUAACAGAGGCUUCGGGAAACACUUUUACAACAUCCCACCUCAAAAUAUACCCUCCCUUCGUGAACUCUAUUACAUCUCCCAAAUAUUCUACGCAAUCGUCCACCCGGCUGCCAAGAUUUCGAUCCUCCUCCUCUACCUCCGCAUUUUCCCCGACAAAACAUUCCAGCUCAUCACCAAAAUCGCAAUAGGAAUAAUGGUCGUUCAUAUUCUGGCUUUCGUCUUUGUCGUCAUUUUCCAAUGCGUGCCUAUCAAGAGUAUCUGGGACACAAGUAUCCAAGGGCGUUGCUUGAACCUCAAUCUGAUCGCAUACUCGGGUGGCAUUGUCAGUAUUGUGGAAGACUUGAUUGUCAUCCUGCUUCCAAUCCGGCAGCUCACCGAGCUGAGCUUUACGACCAAGAAAAAGAUUGCCUUAGCUUUCAUGCUUAGCUUGGGCUCUUUCGCUUGCAUCACGAGCAUGGUUCGACUGAAAUAUAUCGUCCAAUUCAAUACCUCAAUAGAUCAGACUUGGGACGACGUCGACAGCACAAUCUGGUCAAUAAUCGAAGUUUACACCGCGGUCAUCUGUUCUUGCCUCAUCUCCCUACGCCCGCUCAUCGUAAAAUACAUCCCUGAACUCUUCUCCACCAGCCAGCGGUGGAAAAGCAAUAUCUCGAAUCGAGUCCGUUCUUCCUGGUUUGGAGAGCUUGCUUGGAGAGACAGACAAAGAGGUGAACGACGGCUGUGGUAUGAGGAUAAACCACUGCCGAAUCUUCCGAUUACUAAGACUACGGAAUUGGUUGUGGUCUGGAUGAGGGAAAGUCAGAUUGGCCUGGUGGCUCCGCAGAGGACGAAGACGAUGACUACUAUCCACUCGAAUAGAUCUUUCUUCUGAUCUUGUUUGGUAAGCAGUUGGGCGAGCGUUGGAAGGUGUCAUUUGGUGUAAUUUAUAGUGUUAAUGAGUAUAUUUGGUAAAUUGGACAAUAUAAGUAAGAAUCCACU